AUGGAUGAAAUUGAGGGAGGGACCUGUUAUUGGGCAAACAUGCCCCCAGAGCUAUUGAGGGAAGUGUUGAUGAAGAUAGAGGAUUCUGAAUCCAGUUGGCCCGCGAGGAAACACGUAGUGGCGUGUGCAGCUGUGUGUAAAAGCUGGAGGGAGAUAAUUAAGGAGUUGGUCAAAACCCUUGAGGUUUCUGGCAAAAUCACUUUUCCUAUAUCCAUUAAGCAGCCAGGUCCAAGAGAAUCUCUUAUCCAAUGUUUUGUAAAACGGAAUCGCGCUACACAAAUGCAUUAUCUUUACCUCAGCUUAAGUCAAGCUCUGGCUGGUGAUGGUAAGUUUCUUCUAGCUGCUCGUAGGUUUAGGCGCCCUGCAUUCACAGAGCAUGUGAUCUCUCUACAUCCUGACCAUAUGUUCAGGGCAAGUGGCUCUUAUAUAGGAAAAUUAAGAUCUAAUUUUCUGGGAAAUAAGUUUGUUGUAUAUGAUGCUCUGCCUCCCCAUGCUGGGGCUAAAAUUCUCCAAACUCGCUCCACUCAGAUGGUUGGCUUAAAACAAAUAUCUCCAGGAGUCCCUACUGGCAACUAUCCAGUGGCCCAGAUCAUGUAUGAGUUGAAUGUGCUAGGAGCCAGGAGUCCAAGAAGAAUGCAUUGUAUCAUGGAUUCAACUCCCGCUUCUGCCAUUAAACCUGGAGGUGUGGCUCCCAUACAGGUCGAUUUCCCUUUCAGCAAUGCCAAUUCCUUUCCAGCGAUCCCCUUUUUUUGGUCAAAGUCAAACGGAUUGGAUAAAUCCCUGUCUGCACCUUUGAAUAGCCAAAGAGAGGCAUCGCUUGUUUUGAGAAAUGAGGCUCCAAGAUGGAACCAGCAGCUCCAUUGCUGGUGUUUGAACUUUCAAGGACGGGUGACAGUUGCAUCAGUGAAGAACUUUCAGUUGGUGGCUUCUCCGGAGAAUGGAGUGGUUGGGGCAGGAAAUGAGAAGAUCUUCCUUCAGUUUGGGAAAUACUCAUGGAUGAUACACAUUGAGUGGGAAGUGAUUGUAUUGUGA